AUACAUUCAAAGUAUCAUGUAUCCAAUAAGGAAUAAUUGCAGGCUAGUGCAAACCAUGUGUAUGGCAGGUAGUAUUAAAACCGAAAAAUGGAUUAAACACUAAGGGCUAAAGAGAAUGCACGCUGAAACAGUCGUUUUUUCUGCUGAGGACUUUAAAAACUGUCAAUAAUGCGUUCAACAUAUUUAUUUAAAGACAAUAUCUCUUUAAACAAAAAUAAAAAGUGGCUCAAACAAGGAAGUAGUCACGCUCAAGUAGACUCUGCUGGAGCGUCCACCUUCAAGAUAAAGUUGAGGAACCUUAAACUAAAUAAAAAAACAACAACAAUGCUUUUGCAGUCGACGUCACGUCUGCAUAAUUAAAUAAAUAAUCGACGUAAAUUGCAAUUGUUGUGAUGUUGCCAGUUCGUGUGAAACCUUUUUACAAAAUGUGUAGCGAUGUGUUUUUACUUUGAAAAACCUGUACCGGAAGUUACCCGCUGCCUAGCUGUUGGCGGAAGACGCCGGUGCCGUUUGCGUCGCGCAGCUAGCGGCGGCCCGUGGCUGCAGAGUAGCGCACCUAUUGUUUUUUCUUGACCGGGUUGUUGUUGUUGUUGUUGUUCUUUUUGUCAUUCCUCCUCCUCCGCCGCCGCCAUGAACAGGACCCAGCUGAAGCGCUCCGGUAUCUUGAGGAUGGCUCUGGCAGGCUCGGAGACAAUGGACCAGGACCAAGUCGACGGAGAGACCUUCCUGUUCCGCGCCGUCAGAAUCGCCGCCGUGGUCACGCUGUACUGGUUCGUCUCCAUCACGAUGGUGUUCCUCAACAACUACCUGCUGGACAACGGGGACCUGGACGUGCCGCUGCUGGUCACCUUCUACCAGUGCCUGGUGACGGUCGCGCUGUGCUGGCUCAUGCAGCUGCUCGCGCGGCUGUGCCCGGGGCUCAUCGACUUCCCCGCGGUGCGGUUCGACCCGAAGACGUCCCGGGAGGUGCUGCCGCUGUCGAUCGUGUUCAUCUGCAUGAUCACCUUCAACAACAUGUGCCUGAAGCUCGUCGGCGUGGCCUUCUACACGGUCGGCCGGUCGCUCAGCACCGUGUUCAACGUGCUGCUGUCGUACGUCGUCCUGAAGCAGACCACGUCGCUGCGGGCCGUGCUGUGCUGCGCGAUCAUACUGGGUGGAUUCUGGCUCGGUGUGGACCAGGAAGGCCUGACGGGUAACCUCUCCUGGACCGGCGUCUUUUUCGGUGUGUUGGCCAGCGCGUGCGUCUCCCUGAACGCCAUCUACACCAAGAAGGUGAUGCCAGCGGUGGACGGAAACAUCUGGAAACUGUCCUACUACAACAACAUCAACGCCUGCGUCCUCUUCUUCCCGCUCAUCAUCGUGUCCGGAGACCUGAGCCGCCUCGUCGCCUUCCCCGGCGCCACCGACCUCAAGUUCUGGGGCAUGAUGACGCUCGGCGGGGUGUUCGGUUUCGCCAUCGGCUACGUCACGGGCCUGCAGAUCAAGUUCACCAGCCCGCUGACGCACAACGUGUCGGGCACGGCCAAGGCGUGCGCGCAGACCGUCAUUGCGGUGGUCUUCAACUCUUCCAGCAAAAGCCUGCUGUGGUGGACGAGCAACAUGAUGGUGCUCGGCGGCUCCUCGGCCUACACCUGGGUCAAAAGUCUGGAAAUGAAGAAGGCCCCCCACAGAGAGGCCGAGGACUCGGCGAAGGAGAAGCUGCUGCCGGGGGAGAAGGGCGACGCCGAAGUGUAGCAAAAGAAAGAAAAAAUAACAUUGUUUUUUAUCCGUGUGGUGUGAGAAUGUGAAACAAUGUAAGAUGUAGGACAUCUGAGUCAUCGGCGUUUGAAGUGAUGCACACAGGGACGCGAUGAUUGUGUGUUUUUUAUUCCAUUUUAUUUUAAGCUUGAAGGAAUUUGUAUGUGUUUUAUAUAUAUAUAGUUUUUAUUUAAAGCUAUUCUCGUGCAUCUGGGGCCUUUUUACAGUUGUGUUGACCUAUAAAUGUCUUAUAUGGUCGAAAGUGUGGGGAAAAAAUGUUUUUUAUCAAAUCACUGUUAUAUUUUUAAAUAUAUAUAAAAAAUAACUUAUACCGUUUUAAUUAUGAUUUGUAUAAAUUGUAUUUCCAGGGUUUGUGUGAUCAUCUGGCUGAGACUACUUCCUCAAACGUUAACAAUGCCAUCCUAAAUAGGGUAACCUAGGUAACCUGAUCCAGGUCAGCAUCACCUUGUCUCAAUGGGACUGACGUAGGUAGUGAUAGUGAUACUCCUCCUGCAGUGUUUUAGUGAAUGUGGACGUGAUUUUCUGCAGCACGUCGCGUUGCUUCUUCUCCGCUGCAUUUCAAAUUGUAAAACUGGGCGAGGUGGAGUUAUAUUUGCAUUUUAAACAUCACUCCUACAUUUACAUGUGUCAGUGUGUUUCAUUUUCACGGCGUGUACCGUGCAGCUAACUCUCCACCCGCUUGGAAAUACCAACUCUUUAAAUGUCUUUUCAAACACGGGAGCUCCCUGUUUUAAAAAGAACAUUAAAGGAUGUGUACAAUGCAACUGUUCUUUAUUCAUAAGGGGCCUUGGGAUUUCAGGGUUGAACAAUUAAACUAGCUGCAUUUAAAAAACGCAAUUACACGUGAUUAUAAUGCAAUCAAGAUUUCAAGAAAAAAUAUGUGUCAAAUACACUACAUUUUUUAAAUUGAACAACCUGAUUCAGUUAACAUUAUUUGUGGACAUCGAUUCGUAAUUAAAGACGUGUUUUUUCUA